AUGACCAACAAUUGUACCCUGCAGGAAACACUCAUGCCCGAGUGUUCCCCACAGGGAGCUCCCAUGCCAAGAUUGUUCACUCUAGGAUUAUCUGUACCUGCCUCUUCCACACGGAACCUUCGUGUUCAGAAAGGGCAAUCACCGUCUUCAUGUCUGUUCCAGGAGCGCCGGGAGUAUAAACCUCAAGCCUCCUUGAGACAGAGAGCACCCAGGUGUGUUAAGACCCCAGAGAGAUUAUCUGAGCUUCAGUGUUCCUCACAGGAAGCGCCCCUGUCUGAGGGUUUCUCAGGAACACCUGUGCUGGAGUAUUCUUCUCAAGGAACACCGGUUUCCAUAGAAUCCCUGCAGGGAGUAAACAUGCCUGCUCAGACCCCUCAGGGAGCACCUCUGCUUGAGAGUUUUCCAGAGGGAGGGCCAGUGUUCAAGUGUUUUCAAGAGGGAGCACCAAUGACCAUGUGUUCCCCACAGGCAGCUUCUGUGAUUGAGUGUUCCCCACAGGGAGCUCUGGGAUUAUCUGUACCCACCCUUCAUGUCCAGAAAAGGCGAUCACAGCCUUCAUGUCUGUUUCAGGAGCGCCGGGAGUAUAAGCCUCAAGCCUCCUUGAGACAGAGAGCACCUAAGCCUGUUAAGUUCCCACAGAGAUCACCUGUGCCUGAGUGUUCCUCAGAGGGAGCACCUGUGCUUGAGUGUUCCACUCAGGGAACUCAAGUUUCCACAGGAUCCCUGCAGGGAUUAUAUAUGCCAGCUGAGGCACCACAGGGAGAAUCUGUGCUUGCCGAUUUCCCAAAGGGAUGGCCAUUUUUCAAGUGUUCCCCAGAAGGAUCAUUCAUACCCAAGUGUUCCACACAGGGAGCAUAUGUGUCCAAAUGUUCCACACAGAGAGAAUAUGUGCACACCGGGAGCAUACAAGGAGCAAUGGUGCUUAAGUGUUCCCCACAGGGAGAACCUGUGUUUGGGUUGCCCCCAGCAGAACCGUUUAUUCCCAAAGGUUCCCCUCAGGGAGCAUUUUCCAAUCAUGGAACACCCAUGCCCAAGUUGUUUACCCUGGGAAAAUCUGUACCCAUCUUAUCCACAAAGAAGUACCAGUUACAUAAGUAUCGAACUUUCUUGAGACAGAGAACACACUUGUCUGUCAAGACCGCACAGAAAUCUCCUGUGCCUGAGUUUUCCUCACAGGGAGCACCUGUGACUGAAUGUUUCCCAAAAGAAGCACCCCUGUCUGAGUGUUUCUCAGGAACACCUGUGCUGGAGUAUUCUUCUCAAGGAACACCGGUUUCCACAGGAUCCCUGCAGGGAGUAUACAUACCUGCUAAGACCCCACAGGGAGCACCUCUGCUUGAGAGUUUUCCAGAGGGAGGGCCAGUGUUCAAGUGUUCGCCAGAGGGUUCAUACAUACCCAUGUGUUCUCCACAGGGAGCACCCAUGUCCAAGUGUUCGACACAGGGAGCCCCUGUAUUACAGGAAGAUCCUGUGUCUGGGUGUUUUCAAGAGGGAGCACCAAUGCCCAUGUGCUCCCCACAGGCAGCUUCUGUGACUGAGUGUUCCCCACAGGGAGCUCUGGGAUUAUCUGUACCCACCCUUCAUGUCCAGAAAGGGCGAUCACAGCCUUCAUGUCUGUUUCAGGAGCGCCGGGAGUAUAAGCCUCAAGCCUCCUUGAGACAGAGAGCACCUAAGCCUGUUAAGUCCCCACAGAGAUCACCUGUGCUUGAGUGUUACACUCAGGGAACUCCAGUUUCCACAGAAUCCCUGCAGGGAGUAUAUUUGCCAGCUGAGACCCCACAGGGAGAAUCUGUGCUUGCAAAUUUCCCAGAGGGAGGGCCACUGCUCAAGUGUUCCCCAGAGGGAUCAUUCAUACCCAAGUGUUCCACACAGGGAGCACGUGUGUCCAAAUGUUCCACACAGAGAGAAUAUGUGCACACCGGGAGCAUACAAGGAGCAAUGGUGCUUAAGUGUUCCCCACAGGGAGAACCUGUGUUUGAGUCGCCCCCAGCGGAACCGUUUAUUCCCAAAGGUUCCCCUCAGGGAGCAUUUUCCAAUCAUGGAACACCCAUGCCCAAGUUGUUCACCCUGGGAAUAUCUGUACCCGUCUUAUCCACAAAGGACAAACAGCUACAUAAGUAUCAAGCCUUCUUGAGACAGAGAAAACGCUUGUCUGUCAAGACUGCAAAGAAAUCUCCUGUGCCUGAGUUUUCCUCACAGGGAGCACCUGUGACUGAAUGUUUACCAAAGGAAGCACCCCUGUCUGAGUGUUUCUCAGGAACACCUGUGCUGGAGUAUUCUUCUCAAGGAAAACUGGUUUCCACAGGAUCCCCACAGGAAGUAUACAUGCCUGCUAAGACCCCACAUGAAGCACCUCUGCUUGAGAGUUAUCCAGAGGGAGGGCCGGUGUUUGAGUUACCCCCAGCGGAAGCGUUCACUCCCGAAGGUUCCCCUCAGGGAGCAUCUUCCAAUCAUAGAACACCCAUGCCCAAGUUGUUCACCCUAGGAAUAUCUAUACCCGUCUUAUCCACAAAGAAGUACCAGCUACAUAAGUAUCAAGCUUUCUUGAGACAGAGAACACAUUCAUCUGUCAAGACCGCACAGAAAUCUCCUGUGCCUGAGUUUUCCUCUCAGGGAGUACCUGUGACUGAAUGUUUCCCAAAGGAAGCACCCCUGUCUGAGUGUUUCUCAGGAACACCUGUGCUGGAGUAUUCUUCUCAAGGAACACUGGUUUCCACAGGAUCCACACAGGAAGUAUACAUGGCUGCUAAGACCCCACAGGAAGCACCUCUGCUUGAGAGUUAUUCAGAGGGAGGGCCGGUGUUUGAGUUACCCCCAGCGGAAGUGUUUACUCCCGAAGGUUCCCCUCAGGGAGCAUCAUCCAAUCAUAGAACACCCAUGCCUAAGUUGUUUACCCUAGGAACAUCUGUACCCGUCUUAUCCACAAAGAAAAACCAGCUACAUAAGUGUCAAGCCUUCUUGAGACAGAGAAAAUGCUUGUCUGUCAAGACUGCACAGAAAUCUCCUGUGCCCGAGUCUUCCUCUCAGGGAGCACCUGUGACUGAAUGUUUCCCACAGAAAGAACCCAUUCUUGAGUGUUACCCAGAGGAAGGACCCAUGAUUGUGUAUUCCCUGGAGGAAGAACCCAUGCUUGUGUGUUCCAUAGAUGAAGAACCCAUGUUUGUGUGUUCCCCAGAGGAAGAAUCCGUGAUUGUGUGUUCCCCAGAGGAAGAACCCAUGCUUGUGUGUUCCUCAGAGGAAGAACCCAUGCUUGUGAGUUUCUCAGAAAAAACUUCAGAGUCUGAGUUUUCUCCACAGGAAGCACUCAUGCUUGAGUCUUCCCCUCAGGGAGCAUCUUCCCCUCAUCAAAAACCCUUGCCUGAUGGCUUCCCUCUUGAAGCUUCCAUACCCAAGUUAGUCAGUCUGGCAAUAUCUUCACUCGUUUCUUCCAUAUGGAAGCGCCAGAAGCAUAAGUCUCAACCUUCCUUGAGACAGAGAACACUUUUACCUGCCAGGUCCUCACAGAAAUCACCUGUACCAGAGAGUUCUUCACAAGAUGCGGCCAUGCCUGAGUGUUCCCCUGAGGAAGCAUCCAUGACCACCGGGACCCCACAAAACUUGUCUUGUGACCAUCUUGACAAAGCUACAGUGGAGGCAACAGAACCCUGCAGGUCCCCAUAUAAUAAGGCAAGGAUGUCACAGGGAGUCUCCGAACCUGCCAAGGGUCAAAAAGAAGCAUCCAUGUCUGAGUGUUCCCCAGAGGAAGAAGAACCCAUGCUUGUGUGUUCCAUAGAGGAAGAACCCAUGCUUGUGUGUUACCCAGAGGAAGAACCCAUGCUUGUGUGUUACCCAGAGGAAGAACCCAUGCUUGUGUGUUUCUCAGAGAAAGCACCCAAGCCUGAGUUUCCCCCACAGGAAGCCCUCAUGCCUGAGUCUUACCCUCAGGGAGCAUCUUCCCCUCGUCAAACACCCUCGCCCUCUGGCUUCCCUGAAGAAGCUCCCAUGCCCAAGUUAUUAAAUCUUGGAAUAUCUUCACCCGUUUCUUCCACAAGGAAACACCAGCAGGAUAAGUCUCAAGCUUCCACAAGGAAACACCAGCAGGAUAAGUCUCAAGCUUCCACAACGAAGCACCAGCAGGAUAAGUCUCAAGCUUCCUCGAAACAGAGAAAACUCUUGCCUGUUAAGUCCUCACAGAAAUCACCUGUGCCAGAGAGUUCUUCACAAGGAGCAGCCAUGCCUAAGAGUUCAUCUCAGGAAGCAUCCAUGCACACUGGGACCCCACAAAACCUGUCUUGUGACCAUCUUGACAAAGCUACAGUGGAGGCAACAGAACCCUACAGGUCCCCAUAUAAUAAGGCAAGGAUGUCACAGGGAGUCUCCCAACCUGCCAAGGGUCAAAAAGAAGCACCCAUGCCUGAGUGUUCCUCAGAGGAAGAAGAACCCACGCUUGUGUGUUCCCCAGAGGAAGAACCGAUGCUUGUGUGUUCCAUAGAGGAAGAACCCAUGCUUGUGUGUUACCCAGAGGAAGAACCCAUGCUUGUGUGUUACCCAGAGGAAGAACCCAUGCUUGUGUGUUUCUCAGAGAAAGCAUCCAAGCCUGAGUUUUCCCCACAGGAAGCCCUCAUGCCUGAGUCUUACCCUCAGGAAGUAUCUUCCCCUCGUCAAACACCCUCGCCCUCUGGCAUCCCUGAUGAAGCUCCCAUGCCCAAGUUAUUCAAUCUUGGAAUAUCUUCGCCCGUUUCUUCCACAAGGAAGCACCAGCAGGAUAAGUCUCAAGCUUCCUUGAAACACAGAAAGAAACUAUUGCCCGUCAAGUCCUUACAGAAAUCACCUGUGCCAGAGAGUUCUUCACAAGGAGCAGCCAUGCCUGAGUGUUCCUCUCAGGAAGCAUCCAUGCACACCGGGACCCCACAAAGCCUUUCUCUUCUUACAGUCCAUCUUGACAAAGCAAAGGUGGAGGAACCAUACAGGUCCUCAUUUAAUAAGGCUAGGACGUCACAGGGAGUAUCCCAACCUGCCAAGACUCUGAAAGAAACACCCAUGCCUGAAUGUUCCUCAGAGGAAGAACCCCUGCUUGUGUAUUCCCCGGAGGAAGAACCCAUGAUUGUGUGUUCCCCAGAGGAAGAACCUAUGCUUGUGUGUUCCCUGGAGGAAGAACCCAUGCUUGUGUGUUCCCUGGAGAGACUACCUGAGCCUGAGUUUUCCCCACAGGGAGCACCAACUCUGUCCCUUCAGCAAUACAAUAAAUGUGCUCCAUGCAAAAAACAGCACACAAUAAAAGAUGCGAAGGUACAGCAGAAGCCUCAAAGAAGGAGAAAAAAGAGGAACCAAAGGCAGCAGGCAAGACCUUGUCCGAGCUCCCAACCUAAUCUGAAAAGAAAAUAUGCAUGUAGCAGAAACAAACUGGACAACUUAAAUGUAUGUCAGCUUUCAAGGAGGAAAAAUACAAACAACAGAGGUCAACGCUUCUUUCACCUCAGAGCCUGUCCAUGCAGCCAUAUUUAUUUGAGAAGUCAGCAGUCGAGACAGCGAAACUCUUGUGCCCGUCAACCGCCAAAUGCAGACCAAAUGCAAAGAGCUCAUUGGAACCCUUACCCAAGAUCCUGUCCACGGUACCAACCCAGUUGGUGGAGACAGCAAAACCCGCAUACCCAUCAAAGAGGACCAAUGCAUCUGAGGCAAAGAACUGUAAGACUUCCCCCCAGAGCAUAUCCAUGGCCCAGGCAGUGGAACCCUCAUCGCCCUCAAUCACGACCAUCAGAUCUGGGACAAAGAGCUCAGAGAGCUCCCCCAAGAGCACAUCCAUGGUUCCAGCCAAGUUUGUGGAGGCAACAGAAUGUUUAUGCUUCUCAAUCACAACCACGGCAUCUGGGGCAAAGAGCUAUGAGGCUUCAUCCAAGAACAUAUCCAUGGUCCCAUCCCUAUUUUAGGAGGCAGAAGAACCCUCAUGCCCAUCAAUCACGACCAUCACAUUUAGGGCAAAGAGAACUGAGGGUUCAUCCAAGAGUGCAUCCUUCAGUCCAGCCCCACUUGUGGAGGCAACAGAAUGCUUAUGCCCCUCAAUCAAGACCAUGGCAUCUGGGGCAAAGAGCUCUGAGGCUUCACCCAAGAGCAUAUCUAUGGUCCCAUCCCCAUUUUUGGAGGCAGCAAAAUCCUAAUGCCUAUCAGUCACGACUAUCACAUCUGGGGCAAAGAGCUCUGAGGGUUCACCCAAGAGCCUAUUCAUGAUUCCACUCCAACUCAUGAGUCACCUAGUUCGUAAAAUAUUUGGUGACUAAAAGCCCCAACUGAAAACAUUUUUAUACUUUAGAAAAAUUUACAUUUAUUUUUAUAAUCUGUGCAUUUGUAAGAAAAUAU